GCUGAGCGGGGUCUUCCGCCGGCACUAUGAGCAGCGGCGGCGGAGGCGGGCGGGUGUGCGACCUGUCCCGGCGCAACCCCCAGGAGGACUUCGAGCUCAUCCAGCGCAUCGGCAGCGGCACCUACGGCGACGUCUACAAGGCUCGAAAUGUCAACACGGGUGAGCUAGCAGCGAUUAAAGUAAUAAAACUAGAACCAGGAGAAGAUUUUGCUGUUGUGCAGCAGGAAAUCAUUAUGAUGAAAGACUGUAAACAUCCAAACAUUGUUGCUUAUUUUGGCAGCUAUCUCAGACGAGACAAGCUAUGGAUUUGCAUGGAGUUUUGUGGAGGUGGCUCUCUACAGGAUAUUUAUCAUGUGACCGGACCACUUUCAGAACAGCAGAUUGCCUAUGUUAGCAGAGAAACACUACAGGGACUAUAUUAUCUUCACAGUAAAGGAAAAAUGCACAGAGAUAUAAAGGGAGCAAACAUUCUUUUAACGGAUAAUGGACAUGUAAAAUUAGCUGAUUUUGGAGUAUCUGCACAGAUAACAGCUACAAUUGCUAAAAGGAAAUCAUUCAUUGGCACCCCAUAUUGGAUGGCGCCAGAAGUUGCUGCAGUAGAAAGAAAAGGUGGCUAUAACCAGCUCUGUGAUCUGUGGGCAGUUGGAAUAACUGCUAUAGAGCUUGCUGAGCUUCAACCUCCAAUGUUUGACCUACAUCCAAUGAGAGCACUUUUUUUAAUGACGAAAAGCAACUUCCAGCCUCCUAAAUUAAAGGACAAAAUGAAAUGGUCCAAUAGUUUCCAUCAUUUUGUGAAAAUGGCACUUACAAAAAAUCCUAAAAAAAGACCUACAGCUGAAAAGUUACUACAGCAUCCUUUUGUUACGCAACCAUUAAAUCGAAGUCUUGCUAUUGAACUUUUGGAUAAAAUGAAUAAUCCUGAUCAUUCCACUUACCAUGAUUUUGAUGAUGAUGAUCCUGAGCCUCUUGUAGUGCCUCAUAGAAUUCAUUCAACAAGUAGAAAUGUGAGAGAAGAAAAGACACGCUCUGAAAUAAACUUUGGUCAAGUAAAAUUUGAUCCACCCUUGAGGAAAGAGACAGAGCCACAUCAUGAAUUUCCUGACAGUAGCGAUUUUUUGGACAAUUCAGAAGAAAUAUACUACACUGCAAGAUCUAACCUGGAUCUACAGCUAGAAUAUGGUCAUGGUCCUCAGUGUGGCUACUUCUUGGGUGCAAAUAAGAGUCUCUUAAAGUCAGUUGAAGAAGAACUGCAUCAGAGGGGACAUGUGGCACAUUUAGAAGAUGAUGAUGAUGCAGACGAUGAUGCUAAACAGUUAAGCAAGAAAGAACCUGAUAGCUUCCGGAGAGGUUCCAAUUCGUCUGACCCUAAGGACAGUCACCAAUGUGCUACUAUGAAACCUAAAGUGCCACCUCCUUUACCACCAAAGCCCAAAUCCAUCUUUAUCCCCCAAGAAACUCAUUCUUCUGAAAAUGAUAAUCAAGGGACUAUCAAGAGAUGCCCAGCAUCAGAGAGUCCAGCAAAAUCUGUAUCUCAGGUUCCACCCAGACCGCCACCUCCUCGGUUACCUCCACAGAAAUCUAAUGCUUUAGGUAAUGGAGUCACUUCUGUACAAUUAAAUGGUGAAAGAGAGGGAUCACCACAUCAACAGAAUGAAGCUAGAGACACUAAUUUUUCAAGGAAAGAAAAGAAGGAAAUACUGAAACCAAUUACUAAUGGCCUUCCUCCCACACCUAAAGUACACAUGGGUGCUUGCUUUUCAAAGGUUUUCAAUGGCUGUCCAUUAAAAAUUCAUUGUGCAACAUCAUGGAUAAAUCCAGAUACAAGAGAUCAGUACUUGAUAUUUGGUGCGGAAGAAGGUAUUUACACACUGAACCUGAAUGAACUUCAUGAAACAUCAAUGGAGCAGCUGUUUCCUCGAAGGUGUACAUGGUUAUAUGUCAUGAACAAUUGCUUGUUAUCAAUAUCUGGUAAAGCUUCUCAGCUUUAUUCCCAUAAUCUACCAGGACUCUUUGAUUAUGCAAGGCAAAUGCAAAAGUUACCCGUUGCUAUUCCAGCACAUAAACUCCCUGACCGAAUACUUCCCAGGAAGUUUGCAGUGUCUACAAAAAUUCCUGACACUAAAUGGUGUCAGAAGUGUUGUGUUGUGAGGAAUCCCUACACGGGCCACAAGUACCUUUGUGGAGCACUACAGUCUAGCAUUGUUUUGUUAGAGUGGGUUGAACCAAUGCAAAAAUUUAUGUUAAUCAAGCACAUAGAUUUUCCUGUACCUUGUCCACUGAGAUUGUUUGAAAUGCUGGUAGUCCCUGAGCAGGAAUUCCCUUUAGUUUGUGUCGGUGUCAGCAGAGGAAGAGACUUCAACCAGGUGGUGAAGUUUGAGACUGUCAACCCAAAUUCUACCUCUUCGUGGUUUACAGAAACAGACACUACAGAGACAAGUGUUGUACAUGUAACACAGCUGGAGAGAGAUACCAUUUUGGUGUGUUUGGAUUGCUGCAUAAAAAUAGUGAAUCUGCAAGGCAGGUUAAAAUCCAGCCGCAAACUGUCAUCGGAGCUCACGUUUGACUUUCAGAUUGAAUCAAUAGUCUGUCUACAAGACAGUGUGUUAGCAUUCUGGAAACAUGGCAUGCAAGGAAGGAGUUUUAGAUCAAAUGAGAUCACACAAGAAAUUUCUGAUAAUACAAGGAUAUUCAGGCUUCUGGGAUCUGACAGGGUCGUGGUGCUGGAGAGUAGGCCAACGGAUAACCCAACAGCCAACAGCAAUUUAUAUAUCCUGGCAGGGCAUGAGAACAGUUACUGAGAACAGCGCAUGGCAGGCAUCUCACUGUGACAAGAGAACAGUCCUGCUGCAGCAGCAUUCAUGGCUGGCUGAAAUUGCACAAAAGCUGCAGUAACCCCACUUCAGUUACUUUAUAAUUUAUUGUGGUAUGAGAGGAAGAUGAGAAUUGUUUGUGGUAUGGACACAUAAGCAUUAUGAUACCACAGAAGUGCUUAAUUUACUGUAUGUAAUCUUUGUACAUAUGCAGUAUUUUUCAGUGAAACUUCUUGCUGAAGACCUACACUGACUUUCUGUAGAUAGUGGUCCUCCUGUUAAGUACAAGUGUCUUACCUGUACAGAUGUAAAAGUCACUGAGGAUGCAAAAAUGAAAUCGGGGUACUAUUUUAAGGACUUAUGUGUUUAUUAUAAAGUGGGAUGCUAGCAACAAAUACAGUACAUUUAACAACACUAUUGUAUUUUAUUGUAUGUAAUUUACUAAUACAAAUAAAUCUUAACUUUUAGAAAUUGUAACCAAGGCUGUAAUCAGAUUACAAUCUUGUUUUAAUUUUGAUGCAACACACUGGUGUUCAUGUUUGCACAACAUAUUGAGAUGUGAUGUAUUUAGUCACAAAGGUAAGCUGUGACUUUGUGGAUAUGACUUGGGCUUCAAAAUUCCUUUUUUUAGUUUACUUGGGUAGUUUUCUUUGUGAAACAAACCAGUUAAACACCUGUAUUUUUAUAUUUAAUUAAAACUCUCCUUAUGAUUACUUCUCUAUGCUUGAAAACAAUACUUUCUGGAUGGGUGUCAGUCCCAGACUAGUGGUACCUGGCUGUAACACUGCAAUAGGUGUUUGAAUUACUAGUGUAUACAAUGAUAAAAAUUAGUAUUACUGUUCAUCUUACUAAAUAGUUUCAUAUCACAAUGAAAAGGAGCAACAUUCCACAUUGUGGAAAUGGCUCAAAGAUGUUGCCAUUUUGACUUUUUUUUGGCCUUAUAACCAUUUUCACACUUCUUGAUUUAGGAUGUUAACACAUGGCCAAAAUAAUUUAGUUACUACCUCAUUCAAACAAUACAAUGGUUACUACACAUCACAGGAACUUAGUUUUGAUCAGAAGUAUUUUUGAUUGCUAUUUUCCAAUGGAGUAUGUAAAUGCCAAGUUUUAGCAAAAUGCACACAUUUGACUCCUUUUUUUGUAUAUGUUCUUUAUAUUUUAUUGUGAUAAUAUACACUAAAACCAAACUAAAUUUAAAGUGAUUUAUGGCCUGCAUUAUUGUUGUGAUUGGUAAUGCUUUGAAAUAUGUUCCCUAAUGUAUAUAAUGUAAAAUAAACUUUUUUAACAUGUUGUUGUACAA